GCUGCUGCGCUGUGGGGCGGGCGGAGGAGUUUCGCUGUUUAGGCCUCAGCUGUGUGUCUUGGGUCGCCGCCCCCACUGCUUUGCUGUGUCCGCCCCUCGCCUGUCUUUAGAGGAUACAGGCGACAGUCGGGGCUUCGGGUGGCCUCGAAGCCGCCAAAAGUCUCAACGGAACUGCCCCUUCCAGCUGGCUGCUCUCGUCCGCAGGGUCCUGGUCGGGGAGGAAAAUGGCGCCGGCGCCCCGAGGCGUCCGGGAGGAGCCACUGCUGCAGUGUGGGUCUCGACCUCUUUCCCGGCUCCUUUUUUUCGCCCAGGCCUUCGUCCUCCUGCUGCCGGCCGCCCGGGCGGGCGUCUGCCCCGCGCCCUGCACCUGCCGCCCCUCUCUGCUGGACUGCAGUCGCAGGAAACUGCCAGGGCCGAGCUGGAGGGUGCUGUCGAGCCCACUGCCCCCCGACGCCACCAGCCUGGAUUUGAGUCAUAAUCGGUUGUCUAACUGGAACAUCAGCUUGGAAUCUCAGACAUUACAAGAAGUGAAAAUGAAUUAUAAUGAGCUAACAGAAAUCCCGUAUUUUGGAGAAGCAACCUCUAACAUUACUGUACUGUCAUUAGUCCAUAAUACGAUUGCAGAAAUAAAUGGGGAGGUGUUCCAGUCGUACCCUGCUCUUGAGAGUUUAGAUCUCAGCUCAAAUAUAAUAUCAGAAAUCAAGACAUCUUCAUUUCCACGAAUGCAGCUUAAAUACCUGAAUUUGAGUAAUAAUAGGAUAACCAUCUUGGAGGCCGGUUGCUUUGAUAAUUUAUCAAAUUCCUUAUUAGUGGUCAAGUUAAACCGUAAUAGAAUUAGCAUGAUUCCACCCAAGAUCUUUAAGCUACCUCACCUCCAAUUCUUGGAACUUAAAAGAAACAGAAUUAAAGUUGUGGAAGGCCUAACGUUUCAAGGGCUGGACUCCUUAAAAUCUUUGAAAAUGCAACGGAAUGGAAUUAGCAGACUGAAAGAUGGAGCUUUCUUUGGCUUGGAUAACAUGGAAGAAUUAGAACUGGAGCAUAAUAACCUCACAGAGGUGAACAAGGGGUGGCUGUAUGGCUUGCGAAUGUUGCAGCAGCUCUACGUGAGCCAGAACGCUGUGGAAAGGAUCAGCCCCGACGCAUGGGAGUUCUGCCAGAGGCUGUCGGAACUUGAUUUGUCCUAUAACCAGUUGACUCGCCUGGAUGAAUCUGCCUUCGUGGGUCUGAGCUUACUGGAGAGACUGAAUUUGGGGGACAACAGAGUCACUCACAUUGCCGAUGGUGUGUUUCGGUUUCUUUCCAAUCUUCAGAUAUUAAACUUAAGAAACAAUGAAAUUUCAUGGGCUGUAGAAGAUGCUAGUGAAGCCUUUGCUGGACUCACAAGCCUCACUAAAUUAAUCUUACAAGGAAAUCAGAUUAAAUCAAUUACAAAGAAAGCAUUCAUUGGUCUUGAAUCCCUCGAGCAUCUAGAUUUGAACAACAAUGCUAUAAUGUCUAUCCAGGAAAAUGCUUUUUCUCAGACUCACCUGAAAGAACUGAUUCUGAACACAAAUAGUUUGCUUUGUGACUGCCACCUGAAGUGGCUGCUUCAGUGGCUGGUGGACAAUAACUUCCAGCAUUCCGUGAAUGCGAGUUGUGCCCACCCCGAGUGGCUGGCAGGGCAGAGCCUCCUGAGUGUGGACCUGAGAGAUUUUGUCUGUGAUGAUUUUCUCAAACCACAGAUAAGAACACACCCUGGAAACACAGUUGCUCUCCGAGGCGUGAAUGUGACCCUGACGUGCACUGCGGCGAGCAGCAGCGAUUCACCCAUGUCUGCCGUGUGGCGCAAAGACAGUGAAAUCCUGUGUGAUCCCGAUGUUGAGAAUUUCGUUCGUUACCAGCAGCAAGCUGGAGAGGCUCUGGAAUAUACCAGUGUCUUACAUCUGUCCAAUGUGAAUUUCACCGAUGAGGGAAAAUACCAGUGCAUUGUUACUAAUCACUUUGGUUCUAAUUAUUCUCAAAAAGCCAGACUGACUGUGAAUGAGAUGCCAUCUUUUCUGAAAACUCCGAUGGAUCUAACUAUUCGCACCGGUGCCAUGGCCAGACUGGAAUGUGCCGCAGAAGGGCACCCUGCGCCUCAGAUUUCCUGGCAGAAAGACGGGGGCACUGACUUUCCUGCGGCCCGGGAACGACGGAUGCAUGUCAUGCCCGAGGACGAUGUCUUCUUCAUUGCCAACGUGAAAAUGGAAGACAUGGGGGUCUACAGCUGCAUGGCCCAGAAUAUAGCCGGAGGCCUCUCAGCCAAUGCCUCACUCACAGUGUUAGAGACGCCCUCAUUCAUCAGACCCCUGGAGGACAAGACGGUCGCCCGGGGCGAGACCGCGGUGUUGCAGUGCAUCGCCGGAGGGAGUCCCCACCCUCGCCUCAACUGGACCAAAGACGACGGGCCGCUGCUGGUGACCGAGCGGCACUUCUUCGCUGCCGCCAACCAGCUCCUCAUCAUCGUGGACGCUGGGCUGGAGGAUGCCGGGAAAUACACCUGCAUUAUGUCUAACACUCUUGGGACAGAACGCGGUCACAUUUACCUGAAUGUCAUGUCAUCCCCGAACUGCGACUCUUCCCAGAGUGGCAUUGGGCAUGAAGAUGAUGGCUGGACCACAGUGGGCAUUGUCAUCAUCGUGGUGGUCUGCUGCGUUGUGGGCACCUCUUUGAUCUGGGUCAUUGUGAUUUACCACAUGAGAAGGAAAAGUGAAGACUACAGUAUCACAAACACGGAGGAGCUUAAUCUGCCUGCAGACAUUCCCAGCUACUUGUCUUCCCAAGGAACUCUGUCGGAGCCACAGGAAGGCUACAGCAGCUCGGAGGCAGGCAGUCACCAGCAGCUGAUGCCUCCGGCCAGUGGGCACUUGCACAGAGGCCCUGACGGUGGCACCAGUACGCGGGUCAUCUGCUCCGAUUGUUACGACAAUGCCAACAUCUACUCCAGGACGCGAGAACACUGUCCGUACACCUACAUUGCCGAGGAGGACGUUCUAGAUCAGACACUGUCCAGCCUCAUGGUCCAGAUGCCCAAAGAGACGUAUCUGGCACAUCCUUCUCGAGAUGCCUCUGCCCUGGAGAGCCUGGUGUUGCCAGCAGAUGGGGGGCUGCCUGCCUUUCGCCCCGACCGGGAGAAGAUUGAGACGCCGCAGCGGCCGCCGUGGAGUGCGAGUGAUGGACUCGGCCCGCCUCGGCCUCCCUUUCCCCAGCAGCCGGUGCUUGAGUCACCACAGCUUCGUCACAACGAGGGCCCGGUGGAGCGUGACACGGACUGUUCCGCUUCCCCCAGGCCCCAUCACAGGUUACACGACCGCGCUUUUGAUUUCACUAGGACUCGGAACGUUCAGGAUGGUAGCGAGGGCACAUGAGACACUCGGGAUGAAAUCCGGGCAAAGGCCCGAGUUAGUUCAUUUCGUAUUUGCUACCUCAGAGUUGAGACGAAACUCACAGUCAGCACUUGCUUUACUCUUUGUCUACAGUUACAUCCGACCGCACCGAGUGGGCCGGGCAUUUGUUUGGGCUCACACCUGACCAAAAAGGGGCAGUGGCUGACGGAAGUGGUACAUGUGAUCAAAAGUGUGCGGGGGCAGAGGAGGACAGAGGACAGAGCGCUUCCUGACGGGCCGUGGGCUGAGCCGGCUGUGCACUGCGCAGCAGGGAGCGUCUCAUUGCUGCUCGGUGUCCAGUGGUCCCAGCCCACAGAGGGGCUCUGAGACAACCUCCCUGUUCUGUGUUGUCUCCUAAAGAAGAAGAACUUUGGAGCCCGCCGAGUGUUCUAGGACUGGUCAGUGGCUUUCGGCAUGUGGCGGAGAGUGGGGCUUUGAUAUUCAAGGUCUGCAACAAGUCCCAGGCUUGGCCAGCUGGUACCAGGUCACGGGUUUUAUAUUCUGGUGAAUUCAUUUUGGUGGGGGCGUUCCCUGUCACCCAGGGAGCUCGUUGUAAAUGUAUGUGCAUUUAUAAAUAAUUUUUGUAUUCGUUGUGUUGGCUGCAGUGUAAAUAUUUUUGAUAUGCCAAAAUUGUAUGUAAUAUCCAGUUACAGUGUUGACAGCAGCUUCUCAGACCACAGACAGAUUUUGUGUAUGUUGGUUUAGUGAAUCUAAAGACCUUUUGAGGUUUUUGAAAUGCCAUUUGUCAAGAAGUAUAUGUAUAGAGGCAAGGUACCUCAUGAUUGGGUGCACACACACAGUCCUGGUGUAGUUACCCACUUCGUACCUAGAGGUUCACACGUCUCUCACUGGACACUUGCUGACGAGUGCCAGGUAACGGUACCUUUCCAGCACAAAAAGGCUCUUCCAAAGCACUAGCAGUCUUGGCGCUGCCAUGUGCGUAGAUAGAGGAGAACUCAUUUGGGGAAUACCUUCUUUCAACAGAGUAGUUAGUUAAUGAGGAAACCAAAGAUUGCUUCUUUUCUGUUUGUGUUUUUAAUAAGGUCUCUUCUACCAAUGCACAGUGUCUCUUAAGGGAAGGGGGCUUUUGGAAGUAGAAGAAUGUGCAGAUAUGGUUACACUGCAAAGCUUUGGAGUGGUCCUUGGGAUUAUUUAAGCCCAAAAGGUUUCCAAAUUUCUUACAAUAAAAAGCUUUAUGUGAACAAAGGACCCGCCACUCUAAUGGAGCGCAGUGGACUGAAGUCUGGGUGCUUGCAGGCUCCUUAUGUAGGUGGUCCGAGUCUGUCCUCCAGAUCUAGUAAGUGCUAGCUGCCUGCUAGCUGACGUCAGUCACUUGAGCAAAGAUACGUAAGUCAGUGUGCAUUUCAGCGGUUCUAAACUCACAUAAUUUCUGGGGUUUUUUGCUAUAAUUUCAUACUUGUUGUCAAUCCUAAAUUUUUCUCCCAUAGGCAGCAGCACCUCUUGAGCUGUUUCGUUCCACCAUGCUUUUCUCUUUUUCCUUUUCAAACUGCCGGCCUCUGUUCAUUUCUACUUUGAACUGCUUAAAUAUCUUUUUUCCCUACCCUUCAAUUUGUGAUCCUUCUUACGGACUAGGUCGUAGUAUAAUUUGUGCGAACUUAGGGUCAAGAGAGCUGACUUCAUUCCCAGCUCAGCUACUUACUAGUUAUAUAAUCAAGGGCCAGUCCCUUGACAUCUCAGCCCAGUUUUCUCAUUUAUGCAAUGAGUGCGUGUUACCAGAUGCUCUAAAGCCCUUUCCAGCUGUAAUGUUCUAUGAAUCUGUGAUCCCGGCAGGAGCCAAGAAGGAUUCUGCUACUCUGACAAAAAGCCGCUUUCAUGAAAUGUUUGUCAGGGUAGAGCAAGAGUGAUGGUGCUUGCCUUGACUUGAGCCAGGUUUAUUUCCUCUGCAGCGGGAGGUACAAGAAAUAAUCAUGAGAAGAAAUAUUCUCUUUCAAAACACUCUCAGUAAACAAGGACUCUUGGCUCCAAUGACAAGUGCCUGUGGCCCUCCAGAGCAGCAGGUCUCGUUGCAGUGCUCCCGCACACCAGAAUCCACUGGAGGCAUCAGAAUCCACUGGAGGCUGGCCCCAGCUAACCUUCCUCACAGGUUCAAGGUUAUCUCGGUAACCAUAGUGCUCCCACUCACAUUGGGAUAGACUUCCUUGAGAGAGAAGGUGGAGUUAGAGCUAGACUGCAGGUGAACAUCACCUGUUAGGCACGAGGGGAUGACAACAAGCUGGACCGGUGCCUCCUCGCUGCUCCUGUGGCGGCGUUGGAGUCCAGGCUCCGGUGGGUGGGGUCUCCGCCAGGGUGGCUCCAGUGGUGCGGUGUGCUCCCAGUGUUUCCAGCCUGUCUACGUAACUGAAAAACUGGUCUGAAAAACUAGUCAGGAAUUUGAAUGUGCAGAGCCUACCCCUGGGCUUACAAAGUAAUAAUAAAUUCAGUAAAUUCUAACCUUAGGAGGAGUCCUGAACCUUCUCAUUACUGCCUGUGUUUCUGAGCAGGCAGUGAUUGAACCCGUCCCAUCAUCAGGACUGGUCGUUCCUCAGUGUUUCUUUCCAGGGCGUCAUGUCUGCCUGUUGCCAGUUUGACCAGGGACGUUGCAGGGCAAGGCAGACAAAAAUGCGGGGGAGACUGCUUUCUGCCCCCAGGUCUGUUACCACCGAGGUCUGCUCCCCUCAGACUGGUUCUUCCCAGUCUACCUGGAAGAACUAUAGCAUCGUCCUUGACCUCCAGGCCUUUCUGACACGGGGGCUGCCCUGAAGCCAUUGGCCUUCUGUCACUCAGCAGCUUCUAAAAUGCUUACCCUAGCACGCAAGUUACUUUGUAGCACAGAGGAUGGCAGAGACUCCACCCAGUGCGCUUCCCUCCCUGUGCCAGCUCAGUGCUUCAGAUGUGUGUCUUCCUGUGAGGUAACUUCCACGUUGAAGAACAGUUGCCUUCACAUUGCCCAUUGGGGGGGGGUUGUAAAAGAAACACCAAGCUGUUAAGCUACUUAGACUCUUAGCCGUUUUCCUAAGAAAAGGGAGAGGUGAUAAGUCUUGAAUUACUUAAAGCAUUAUCAUAUGAAAUGAGGGUGAGAUUCUCUCAUUUUAUUCCAAAGGACGUGGAUCCGGUCAGUGGGGCAGGAGUUACAGGCAGGUGCAGAAUACAGUUGCCAAUCAUUUUGUAUAAGCUUGCUAACAGUCAGGUUUGCCUGACAGUUGGAAUAAUCAGCCUUUUGUGGGAAAAAUACAGACAGAGCUAAGGAAUCCUCUGUUACAGCAUUGAAGGCUUGUCUGCAUUGAGAUGGAAUAUGGCCAGGAUGACCGAGGUCUCUCUCAUUCUUCUGGUGUCAGAAAUCCCCAGAAACACUUCCUCCUUCAGAUUCCUUUAUGUAAAGCAAGUGUAGAGCACUGAAGAAUUUUUUUAAAAGAAUUUUGGGGCUUGGCCUAUUUCGUCUGUGUUCAUGGUUGAAAACGUGAAAGUCUGAGUUUAUUUUUCUGAGGAAAUCUGUAACUACUAGUUACUGAUACAAAUGGCACUGCCAUAAUAGAAAGUUUGAGAAACUAUAAUGUAUUAUAACCCUCCCUUUUACUCUUUACUUUCAUUCCUGUCUCUUCUUACCAGUGGGCUCCGUUUCGAGUGGGGUCGGAAAUGUUCAGGUUUAUACCCAGUAUUUUAGCUGAGUGUGUUGUGGCCUUUUCUCAUUGUUUAAACGCCCCCAGAAGCGCUAAGAGGGUAACGGAGCAACAGGUGAAUUUGCUCUCAUUUUAUGCUGUGCUCUCCAUUUCUUAUCUUGCUUCUUAAUUGUGAUAACAGAGGUACUUGCGAAUAGUUGAGCUGAAAUUUAUUUUGGCAAUCUGCAAGUAAUAUUUUAUUUUUCUAUUGCAAGCUGCUUUUCCCAGUUCAGUUUGGCAGAUGUUUUCCCUUCUUGCUCCUUCUCACUUUUUUGUUUGGAGUACAAUCUAAACCAACAUCAGUUAACCUUAAUUUUCUUUCGUUUUUGGCACUGCCUGGUUUGUUGCAAAAAUAACAAGUUCUGAAUUGAGAGGUAUAUUACAAGCCACUUUUAACUAAACACCUGAAAGCCCAUAAAUCAUCUGAAGGCUCUGUGGGUACGAAGUUGUGUGUGUGU